AGCGUCCGCGAGCGCCUCUCUCUGUCUCUGGGACCGGAACAACAGCAGUCAUGAUCAGAAACGACGUUUUCUCCUGCUUUGCCUUCUAUGCCGUGCUGCUGGUGUUGAAGAUGUACGUCGUGGCCGUCAUAACAGGCCAAGUGAGGCUACGGAAAAAGGCUUUUGCUAACCCGGAGGACGCACUGAGACACGGAGGAUUACAAUUUCACAGGCUGGAUCCUGACGUGGAAAGAUGCCGCAGAGCUCACCGCAACGACAUGGAGAACAUCUUCCCCUUCCUCUUCCUGGGCGCUGUGUACUCCAUGACGGGCCCCUCGCUGGCCGUGGCGCGCCUCCACUUCCUGGUGUUCUUGGGGGCUCGCGCUAUGCACAGCGUGGCCUACCUGGGGGCCCUGCCGGCGCCCACCCGCUCGCUGGCCUACGUGGUGGCGCAGGUGCCGUGCGUCUCCAUGGCGCUGCAGAUCCUGGCAGCCGUGGCGGCGUACGCUUAGGACCGUGGUCACCUUUGACCCCCCCCAACACCACCACCACCGAGGAGUGCAAUAUGUUUACCAAACAGGAUGCGUUUGAAGUUUAUUUUGUGUCGAGAGGACGCUCACGUGUUGUCAAAGCAAACGCCGUCUCGCUGUGUUCUUUUGUCUUUGACGAAGCUCUUGAAGGAAGACCCUCACACUGUAAGAGAAGGUUCAUUACGUCUUAAUUUAUUAUUUCAUUGUCUUUUUGCUUUUUCGGACUCAACAAUAAAAAGCUAACUUGUACUUUGUGUCAUUUGAUGAGGGGCCCCGUGCAUGGGCAUCAUCCACGAUUCCACGGGCGAAGCUCCAAGCAUUCCUGCAGCUCUUAUGUAAGCGUCUGUUCUCUGUCAUAUCCUGAGGGGGCCCCAGGGAGCACGAAGGAGGGAGGGGAGGGGGGGGCGUCUCCCAUCACCCUGCUGCUAUGUUGUGUUUUAUCACCUCGUGCCUCAGGCUGAUAUUUCUCCAGCAUUGUUGUGUGCUUUGCCGGUGAUUUUCCUGAUGCCGGAUGAUGACUCAAGCUGGGAUUCUUUGAGAUUUGUGGAGUUUUCCUUGCAGACAAAAGAGAGGGAAGAGCGUGGGAGGUUUUGGGAAGAACCUUAAUGAGGACAAGGGGCGGUGUCACGACCCCGGGCACGCGCAUGCACACACACACACACACGUCUAUUGUUUUGGAAUAAAGUGUAACGAUGUGUUGCAGAAGGUAAAGAGACAAAUAGCGACAGUGCUCUUCAAAACCAGGUGUUGCAGGUGACCCUUAUGACUCUUUUUUGCCAAUUGCAUCAUUAAAAGGCACCCAUCAAGGUCUUUCAUUUGAGCUACGACUCAGUGUGGUUUGUUGCAAACUAAUUUUUGACUUUCUUAUGAGUGAACUCUGAGCAUUGAAGCUUUGAUCUGUCAGAAGGUAGUAAAUGGGGAAAAUGUCAUUUUCAAGCAAAAACAAACACGCAAACAUGCUAUUUUUUUGGCCUUUUGGUAAUCAUAUAGGGUUAUAAUGACAAAAUCAUUACGGAUCCUCGGCUUUCAUUUGAGAUGUGACUCAAUGUGGUUUGUUUCAAACUUAUUUUUGACUUUACACCAAGUCCCCAACUAACGAACACAAUUGGUUCCAGACGACCGUUCUUAUGUUGAAUUGUUCUUAAGUAGGGGAAAAGGUAAUAUUAGCAAUGAUAGAGGUACUACAUGUACGUGUAUACAUAUACAGUAUAUGUGUAUGUAUGUAAAUAUGAGUUUGGAUGCAGUAGAAAUAUUAAACCAGGAUAAUGAAUGAAAAAACAAUAAUAAAAGUGAUAUAAUAAUACGUAAUGAUAAAUGUUAUUUACCUUUGAAGAGGAGUGGUCGAGCAUACGUCAUCGUGGAGGAGGAGGAGGAGAUAUUGAAAAAAAGGACAAAUGGUGGUGGUGGUUAGACUCUUCUAAAAGAGGUAGUGUUCUGUGGGUGGUGUAGAAUUAAGCAGGCCUAUUAACUCUUCAUAAACUUUAAUAACACGCUCUGUCCGGGUUGUAUCAUAAAACUACAAGGUAGCCUUCUCUCUCCUCCCCUCCUCCUCCUCUUGUUCUCCCGCUGUUGGUGCCAUUAGCAGUGUCACAGUGCCCUCUGCUGGUCAAGCAUGUACAGUAUAAAUAUGGACUUAUAAGGCAAAACACAUGAAAAUAUAGACUAGUCGGCUUGUGUUCGUAUCCCGAAAGUCCGCACGUCGGAUGUUCAUUAGUAGGAGACUUAGUGUAUUAUGAGUGAACUUUGAAUUUAGGUACUGUAAAUGUUAAUGCUUUCACCAGAUAUAAAUGUAUGAUGCCAAAGAACAUAUACUACCAUGACUAAGACGAGUUUUUGUAUUCAUUUGGUAAACGAUUAAAUGGGCAAGAUGACAUUCCCAAGCAAAAAUAA